CUAUUUCGCUUUAAAAUAUAGCAAAAUCGUUUGGACGUAUCAAAUCCGGAACUUGGGAAGAUAGUAAAUUUGUUGAGGAACAUGGCCAGAGGUGAUCGAGAGGAAAACGAAAGGAAUUUACUGGACCUAAAUCUGUACUCUCUGGUGCCACAGCUGACGGAUCUGUCCAUGACACCAUUUUUCUCGUACAAGGGAUCUCUGACAACCCCUCCCUGUUAUCAGUCUGUUAACUGGAUUGUACUCGGUCAGUUCAUCCCGGCCAGUACCUACGUGAUGGACGUCAUGAGAAGUCUGCGAAAUCAAGAGGGACACCCCUUAUGCAACGGUUCCAGACCCCCUCAACCGCUAAAUGGCCGUGUAGUUCGCGGGUACAUGGGAUAGCUGCUUACGAGUUCAUAACAACCACUCUGCUUUAAAAGACGUAUCACCAUUUCUUUCUAGGCAUUCUGAAACAUUAUAGACCGGCUGCGACAAAAUAGAGAAAACGAUUUCGUAAAAGGACAAAAUGUGCAACAUUUUCAUUUUCAGUCAUUUCAAGAGUAAAUACGCUUGUGUUUUUCAACCAACCCCGUUCCCACCGAUAACGUAGCUUCAUCUUUCUGUAUAGCCCCCGCUAACGCAGCCUCACGGUUUCUUUAGAAACUUACCCUCUUUUGUAUUCAAAUAAUUAAUUUUCAAAACCAUUAAAUCUCCAAAAGGUUACACACUUAACCUUGCAACUAAAAAAAGAAGCCAUGUGCUCGAACAUUCGGGUAACUAAAACAAAACAAGUCUUGUUUUUAUUUUGUUCAUGCAAAAAACUCGUCGCGUCCAGUCCUGUUUAAGGGUAUAAAAGCGCAGCUUAUGAUUAGGGGACUUCGUAGGCCUUUGCUUAAUAUUUUCGUGGCCUCUCGAUAAGCCAAAUAACUUUACUAACAAAAAGCUCUCUCUUUUUGAAACAUCCACUUGCACUGUUGUAUCGUAAUCAAUCCACAUGUCUGAGAGAAACUACUUUGCAUCAUAGUAGAACAGGCGCCAAUAUACUGAUACAUUAUUGGCGCCAGAAAUUCGCAACUAGAUGUGGAGGUACAAUACAUUCACACCUAUUGUGCAUAAUGAAACUACUGUAAGUGUAAACAAACCAUCUUUUAAGUUUAUUUGGUGCAAGUUAAUCAGAGCGACACUCUUUCAAAGUCACAACUGUCAUUAGAUAUGUUGAAUGUUAAAUAAAGCACCGCUUCAUUCUUACUAAAA